AUGGCUCGAAAUGAAAAUAAAACACAAACAGAAUCUGGCAGCGAGCGAGGAAAAUGGAAAUGGCAGGAAAAUUCAAAUCACAAACUCGGUAUUUAUUUGCGAAGCGUAAAUGAUUACCACUUAAAAUGUGCUCGACUGCCACCUAAAAACCAAUUGUUGGAAAAAGCACAACCAACCAAACAACCGAGUGGGUGGUGCUCGAAGGACACGGCAGCAGAAGGAGUAAAAGGACCAAAGGCAACAUAUGUUUUUUAUGCCUGA